CAUCUUAUGACUUGUAUCGACAAGAACCAUUUACAUGUCCCGGAUAUAAUCCUUUCUUGCUUUCUCUCUCUUCCCUUUUCACUUCUGGGUUCAAUUCCUUCAAACUUCUACAACUAUCACCACCAUCAUGGACUCUAGCAACAGCGGCAGCUUUCAAUCUUCAAGCGGCGCCGGUGGUGGUGGCGGCGUGGAUACCGAAGAAUAUGAUUCAAGAACUCAAUCAAUAUCUUCUUUCUUCAACCCUUCCAACCACUACAACCCUAACCUCAACCACCUCCUCAACACACCACCACCACCGUCGUCAUCAUCAUCAUCAUCACAACGCCACAACAACCAACACCACCGUGCACCACCAACCGAUACCACCUUCUUUAACCCUUCUUUAGCCUCACCUUUCUCACCUAACACAAACCCUAUCCAAGAUCCCGGUCCAGGUUUAGCAUGGACCGGAACCAUACAACCAUCCCGACCAGACCCGAACCAAUCAACACGUGGAUCGGAUCAUCUUCAUCAGAUAGGAGUAACCUUAAAGAACCCGAAGAAAAGAACACGUGCUUCCCGGCGUGCACCAACCACCGUCCUCACAACCGACACCACUAACUUCCGGCAAAUGGUUCAAGAAUUCACCGGCAUCCCCACCUCACCGUUCGCCACAACCCCCUUCUCCCGCCGGCUGGAUCUUUUCCGGCCAACGGCUCAGAAACUUCAACAGCCGCCACAGUUUUUGAAUCAUGCGGCCAAUAAUAUCACUGCCGCCACAACUUCAAGUAGUUACCACUUACAACCUUCUAAUAUGCAUGAGUUUCAGAAACAACCCUCAACUUUGUUGGAUUUACAAAACCCUAUGAUGUCUUUCCAAUCCCUUCUGCAAACCUCACUUCCUCAACAACCCAAUGAUUUAAAUGGGUUGCAAAGUUCUUCCAAUAGUUGGAGGGACCAAAAUGAAAAGUUGGAUUCUGGUUUGGAAAAUGUUGUUGUUGCUUCUAGAAGUGGUGGAGAUCAAGUUCAAGGUAAUCAAGGUUCAUGGAUUUUGCCUUCUAACUAAUCCGGAUAAUUAUUAUUAUUGUUGUUGUUGUUGUUUAAUAAUUUUUUAAUUUUUUUUCUUUUUUUUUCAAAAAACUAUAGAGGGUUAAGUUCAUCAUUAGUAAUCAACAUAUGGAUAUACCUAUA